UCGCAACCUCCGACUAAUUGCAAUACCCUCUGCCAGCGCAUAGCUAUCUUUUAAUCCAUUCAUACGCUCGAAUGGAAUUGAAUCGAAUCUAGUAUUCAAAAACAUGGCAUGGCCAGAGCCUGCUCUGGCCACAAGGAGCCUUGAAUUUAGCCACACGGGGCAGUGGAUCCCCGACUAUCUCCCGCCCAGAGAAUCCAGCUGUGCAGCCAGCAUAGAAUUCGACUUGGAUUACAGGCGUGCCUCGAGGCCCAAAUCGCCCAACAGUCUGCCAUCGCCAAACGGACCAACACCCUCGCUCAAUGGCGAAAUUCCCCAGAGGCGCAGAGGCCUGGGCGGCGAGAGCGAAAACAGGUCCCAAGCCCGCAGGCUUGUCAGGCAGCCAGAGACUCGCCCUAUAGGCCAGGAGCAGCUGGUUGCUGAAGUCAAAGGCAUCUACGCCGGGCUCGUCAUGGUCGAGAACAAAUGCAUAGAGGUCGACAACGCACAGAGCUCGCUCUACAACGACUCUGCUUCCCCAAAGCUGACCAACGACCAGUGGCAGGCUCUUAUUGCCCUACACCGCACGUUGCUACACGAGCACCACGACUUUUUCCUGGCCUCGCAGCAUCCAUCGGCAAGCCCUGCGCUACGAAGACUUGCCUCCAAAUACGCAUUGCCGGCGCGCAUGUGGCGUCACGGGAUCCACAGCUUCUUGGAGCUGCUGAGGCACCGACUGCCACCUUCUCUAGAAUACAUGCUGACCUUUAUCUACUUCUUCUAUAGCAUGAUGUCUCUGCUAUAUGAGACCAUGCCUACUUUCGAGUAUUCCUGGAUCGAGCGCCCGGGUGACAUUUCUCGUUACAGGUCCUCAAUGGCUGGGCUUGAGGCCCCCACCAACGGGACCCUGGAUCAUGACUUUAACAUACCGGUCGAGAAGUGUCAGGACACUGUAUCAAAGCAGGCAGCACAGCUAGCUUCAAAGCUUCUGCAGCCUCAGCUCAAAGCCACGGCGGCUCCUGGCUUUCAGUCAUUGGGUUCUGGAGUUUGUUCCGUCCUGGGUUUAGCAGAUGGACAUCCUAUAGCAGCAGUCGCGGAUACGGGUGCCGCGGGUUGCUUCAUCUCCUCUGCCUAUGUCAAGGAACUUGGUGCAGUGAUGACCUCCAAUGAAAGUAAGCCCGUCAAGCUGGCUUCUGGCAAGACGGUAAAAUCCAUCGGGAGUGUGGACUUGAAGUGGCUGUUCAACGGCGAGUCCGUCGUGCACUCCAUCGUCUGCCACGUGGUCGAAAACCUCGCCCACCCCUUGUCCCUUGGGAGGGCUUUCCUCGAAGCUACGAGUACGCUCACGACUCACAACCGGAUCAUUCGCGGUGCGCGCAAGAUUACGAACAAGCUUUUCCGGCUUCACUUGCUCGGCGAAGGACUCGGCAAGAUAGGGGGAUACCUGGACGGAAUACCCACUCUCGGACUUCCAGACACGGGGUCUGACAUCAUGGCGAUUUCCACGGCGCUGGCAAAGCGACGUGGAUGGAUCAUAGACAGCAGUCCGGCACACCGCGUUCAAGUCCAGUUCGCCGACGGCUCGACAGUCUUUACCCGUGGUCUCGUCUCGGGGCUCGACUGGGAUUUUGGGAACGGAGAACAGCCGGUCAACUGCGACUUUUACGUCAUUGAUGAUUUACCUGUCGAUGCGGUUCUCAGCAGCGACUUUGUCCUUGAGUUGGAUCUCUUCUCCAGCAAGUACAAGGCGUUUUUUGUACAGCCGAAUCCCUGGCACCAAGAUGACGACGGCGCACUGUUCUGCAACAUCCGCUCGUUGAAGCCACUUGGCAAAAUACUAUCUGAAUUUUUCAGAGGCAGUUCUAGCUCGUCGCCGGCACGCCCUGUUGAUGACUUGACGCUGCGCGAGGCCUUCUCGGACGACAUGGUCAAGCGCGAGCUAGACCUGCGGGAUGAAGUCGAUGCUUAUUUCUCAAAACUUGCCGAGCCAGAGAGGAGCGAAAGACGGGAUGCCGAGGACAAGAGGAGGGCGGAGUGGGAUCGGUGGAGGGACUUGCACAACAAGGUUCCGAAGAAUGUGGGCAGUCAGUCUGGCGCGAGCUCGUCCCCAGAUGGAAGCGGUGGAAGACGAAUCAGGGAUAGAGGCGGAACACGAGGCAGAACUGGUAGAGGCUCAGGUCCACCAGCAUCUCCUCGGCCACCCACAAGACUGACACCCAACCGCACCGACUAGCAGUGAUUUUGCCUUUGACUGUGGUCUCUUGUCUGGAAAGGGCAAGACGUUAUUCGUACACUCGAAUGCGCGGCACCAACAUUAACCAUGGGGGACUUUUCUACAGCAUCUGCCAACUGGCUUCAGUUGGCAAUAUAUCUAUUAUUUGGAUGGAAGAUUUGGGAUUGCUGGGAAAUAUGUAAAUAGAUCUAAUUUUAGUGUCCUGUUUGUCCCAAAAUUCGAGGGCAUAUCUUGAUUGCA